AUGGACUGGGACCCUUUGAAAAACUGUGUUGGGCAGAAACGCGGGGCAGAGGAGGCCAGAGAGAGGGUGGCAGGAGAGGAAGAGCGGAGCGGCUCAGCCUGGGUACAGAGGACCCUGAGAAUACCUGACUCCCGACGCCUGGCACCCGAGAUGCGUGGCCCCCUCUCGGUGCGUAGAAGCUACGAGCGGACCCCCGGAGGAGACGGAACGCGGACCUUGGGAAACCCAGUGUGA